AUGCAAAAUCCAUUGGGCGUGGAUGUCACAUCACCACGCUUUUCAUGGUGGGUGAACGACUCACGGCCUGCUGAAGUUCAGUCGGCCUACGAGAUCCUUGUCGCUUCCAAACUUGCGCUCCUGAAUCAGGACCAGGGUGAUCUCUGGCACAGUGGCCGCGUUGAAACCCAUCAGACUCUGAACGUUGAAUAUCGCGGCAUCCGCCUUGCUGCCGGGCAAAAAGCCUGGUGGAAAGUACGCACCUGCGACAGUGAUGGCGUACCUGGCGACUGGAGUGAUCCAGCCAGCUUCGAAAUGGGCCUUCUGCAAGACGCAGACUGGCAUGGACCCUGGAUUGCCGGCGCGUUGCAGGGCAGUGCUCGACGGGGCGUCCACGCUGUGGGUCUGCGUCGAGAUUUCCUGAUUACUCAGCCGGUAGCCAAAGCGCGACUCUACAUCGCCGUAGCGGGUGACUUCAAACUUUAUGUAAACGGCGUGUCUGUUGUUCCCGCGGGCAGUCACGCAAGCUGGACCGCAUUCGGGGAAAAAGUUUUUUAUCAGAGUUUUGAUGUCACUGAACGGCUUCUGGCCGAACCCAACGCGGUGGCUGUGUUGCUCAGUGAUGGCUAUUUUGCCGGUGCUUUACCCGGUUUGGGUAGAGCCCGAUAUGGCAAUCGACCUUAUCUGCGUCUGCGCCUUGUCACCACGCUGGCGGAUGGGGAGCAGUUCGAAGUCAAUUCUGAUGAGCAGUGGCGCUGGGCACCCAGCCAUCUGCUGGCUGCGGAUAUCAACGCUGGGGAGCAUGCUGAUGCUGCGCAAUUGCUUGAGGGUUGGACGGAGCCGGGUUUUGAUGACGCGGGCUGGCAGCCGGUAGAAAGAAUCAGCUUCAACCCGGAUCUGAGAAGUCUGCCGCAUGCUUCCUUUGGCGUGACACAGGCGCUGCGCCCCAUGACCGAACCGUUGGUCACUAAGGCUGCGGGACGCAGUACGGCAUUGUUUGAUUUUGGGGAUCAGCUGGUUGGUCGGGUGAAUUUGUCUCUAAGGUGUCGUCAAAGUGACAUGCUGGUGCUGCACUACAGUCUUGAUAAGUCGUUUACCAAUGCCAGCGAGGAUAGUCUUAUAACAGUUGCGGAUGCGACUACCAGUCAUGAAGGACUGUUUGCGCUGCAUUCGUUUCGUUAUCUGAAAGUGGAGUUCACGCCCCACUUGACCGAGGUCAGCCAUGCCACAGCGUUGCGCAUUGCUGCGCUGGAGUCGAGUCCUGUGAGUGUGCGCACUGACCAUGCCACUUUGAAUCAGUUGUUUGAAAUCAUUGAUAACAGUUUUAGAAGCGCAGCAUUUACUGUGCCGAUGAAAGGUGUUGCGCUGGCAGAUCGCUUGCCCGACUUUACUGCUGCGGGCACCUGGAUGCCCUAUUUUGCUGGUCAGGACAGAAGUCCCGCUCUGGUGCUGAAGUGGCUUGAGGACGCGCUUGCCAAGCUGAUGCCCGCGCGCGGUGCGCCUGCGAGCAGUAAUCCUUUGGUACCUGCAGUAGUGGGUGCAGACGAAUGUUUACCCUACGACGAAUUUGCUGAGUUCGAAGCGCUGGUGGCGACGGUCUGGCAACAUUACCGCAGCCACGGCGAUGUGCAGGUACUUGAACGUGCGUAUCCACAGUUGCGAGCCAUCGCGCUGAGUUAUAGGCAUGCCAAAACACAUCUACUGCGCGCCCCGAGCAACACCUCUCUGUAUGGUGACGGUGCAACAAACCCGCUGGUGGCCAGUUGCACGAUUUAUGACGCGUUGCGUUGUCUGGCGCGCAUGGCCAGUGUGCUGGCUUUGCUGAGUGAUCAUGAGUUGCUGCACGGUCUGGCGAGCGAGGUGCGCCAGGCGUUUCGCCAACGCUAUCUCACCGGAGAUGGGCAUUUGGCGUGUGACUCAGAAUCAGCUUAUAUCGCAGUAUUGCACUUUGGUUUGCUGGAAGACAAAGAACGGCAGCGCGCCGAGCAACGCCUGGUUGAACUGCUUCAACAGCAGAAUUAUCACAGUUCUGCUGCACCCCUUGUGCUGCCACACCUGCUGCCGGUAUUAACUGCAGCCGAGCGUCUGGAUAUUGCGUAUAUGGUCUUGUUACAGACCAGUUCGCCAAGCUGGUUAGCGGCGGUUCAUGCCGGAGAUCGUCUGGUCGCUCGGCAGCCAGGCUGUCCCGAAAUGGCUAACGUCGGGGUUCUGACCUGGCUGCUGGAGUCGCUGGUUGGGAUUAAAUUACAGGAUGAUUAUGCAAUAGAUAAAAAUGCUUUCCGUGCGGUUCGUGUACGUCCUCGACCGCCUUUAGGGAAACAGUUUCUGGCAGGUGCGCCGGUACAAUUUGUAGAGGCAUCGUUGCGCACCCCGAUGGGGCGUUUUGAUGUCAGCUGGUGGAUAAAAGAAGAUCGUUUUGAACUGGAGUUGCUGGUUCCACCAGGGUGCGAAGCGCAGGUGAUCAUGCCGGACGAAAUAGAACAGAGAGUGCACAGUGGCCAUCACCGUUUCAUGAUGGAUUUCAAGGCGGGUGGUGAUGGCGUACCGACAUUGCUUGAGCUGGUUGGCGGGAGGCAGGCCUAUCUCGAUGACGGUUAUUAUGGACGGUGGCUCGGCGCUGCUGAAAACCUGCUGGUGGAAGGCGGUGUUCUCGAACAACAACAGAUUACCGACCGCGCCGUGACUUUUGGUGCGCAGGGCAACGAGCGGGUGGCUGCGCGGCCAAUGCAUGAUGAUGGUCUGGCGCGGACUGAACAGAAAACCAACAACGCCGUCAGUCCGGCCCGUGAGUCUCGGCCAACGGCAGAGCGAAACUCGGAUGCCCCCGCGCGGUUUUCCAUCGGUGACUGCGUGCUGACAAGCAUGUUCCCGGUACCCGGGCAUACCAGGCUGCCGGCUUAUGCGCGCGGUAGAUUGGGUACGGUAGUGGCACUGCAUGGGUCCUGGGUGUAUCCGGACACCAAUGCCCACGGUCAGGGCGAACAGCCUCAACAUCUGUAUACCAUUUGUUUUGAUGCGCAGGAGUUAUGGGGAGAGGGUGCAGACGAUCUGGAAGUGUGUCUGGAUCUGUUUGAACCUUAUCUGCACUUAACCACUGCGGCUAUCCGUGCCCAGGCGCUGGAAAGUCUGUUGAUUGAAAAAGGCCUGCUCGAUGCGGAUCUUAUCGACGAUGUCAUCGUGCGUUACAACGAACGCGUUGGACCUAUGAACGGCGCCCAACUGGUUGCACACGCCUGGUCAGAUGAGGCCUUCAAGAAGCGUUUGCUGACGGAUGCAACUGCUGUUGUGAAUGAAUUCGAGUUCAGCGGCGGUCAGGUGGAUAAGCUUGUUGUGCUUGAAAAUACGUCGCAGAUUCACAAUGUGGUUGUCUGUACAUUGUGUUCCUGUUACCCCUGGGCGGUGCUUGGGCUGCCGCCAAAGUGGUACAAAGACCCGGCUUACCGAUCCCGGGUGGUGCGCGAACCCAGAGCGGUCCUUGCAGAAUUUGGCACAGAUAUCCCGGCUGAGAAAAAGAUUCGCGUCUGGGAUUCCUCGGCAGAAAUUCGCUACAUGGUGUUGCCAGAGAUGCCUGCGAACUGGCAGGGGCGUGAUGUAGAAAGCCUCGCUCAGUCAGUUUCAAGGGACAGCAUGAUUGGUGUGUCGGUGCUGGGAGAGCGCCAGCAUGAGUGA